CGAACCCACCUCCCGUCUCCACUACCUCCUCUUUCCAAUGCGGCCUUGCUAACUGCUGAGAAGUGAGACCAAUAAGCAAACGCUUUAAAACACACCCCAAUUUGUUUCUACUUAUAGCGAUUCUCAAUGGCGUGUUUGGUCUCCAUUAACGUCUGUGCGUCUCCGCCAAGCCCAAACCCUCCGAUUCAGGGCCUUGAUACAACAAGAUUGGAUGGUGGGAAGUCUCUAUUCCAAACAAAAUGGUCAACAGGUUAUUAUUUCAUAUCACUGGAUUUUCGUUCAACGGUUGGACAUUGGCCAAAGAAGACUGCUCAAGUAAAACAUCUUCAUAAGCUCAUCAACUUCCAGUCAUUCAUUCAUGUAACAGGGAGGCUUCUGAUGGCCAACCAUUGGAACAGAGGCAUUGCCAAUAUGAACAGGGAGAACGAUCAUUGUAUCAUCAGAUCCACAACACAUUUUCCCCUACACAUUUCAAGCGAUUCUGAUACAGGCAGCCAUUGCACCAAAAUGAGCCUUUCUGGCUUUUGGGUGGGUCCCGGUGUUGAAGACGGAUGGGGUUUUGUUGAAGCAAUUGUGUAUAGAACGUAUUGAUUUGCACUUGCACAAAAGUUUCUAUCAAAACGAGGUUUUCUAUUUUUAUGAAGGUUUAGAAAGUGGUUUCCUGUUUGUAGAUGAAGAUAUAUAACCCAAAGCUACGCAAUGCCUUAAUUUUAGACCUCAAUAUUAGGUACAUUAAGAGGUUAAACCAAACUAAACAACCCGGUAUAUCUUUCGUCUCAAUUUGACUUCACGUAGUUUAAGUUACAUUAAGAGGUUAAACCAAACUAAACCAACUAAAAUGAGUGGUUGAAAUUUGAUUAGAGGAAAGAGAAUGAUCGUAGAUCACAUAUUCUUUAAUUUAUUAGGAAAGUAAAAAAGUGAAGUAAUUAUUUUGAAAUUAAACUAAAAAGAAAAAUGAGAUGAUUAAUUUUGAAAGGAAGAAUAAGGCUCUCCUAUUAGG